AUGCGUACAGUUGACCCCGAAGCUGACACAUGCAUACAGAAGCCUUCGUGCAUACACAGAUUCAUUCUUACCGAUAUCUCACACUUAUUCUCACACGUGUUCUUUUCUCUUCCUUAUAUUUUCUUUUCUACGAUCAUUAUCUCUCACACACACCUACACCCUUUCUCUUUCUUUCUUUCUUUCUUUUUUUCAUUCAUUCUUUCUUUCUUCUUUCUUUCUUUUGCUUCUAUUUCUUACUUGUUCCCGUUUCUUCAUUUUGCUGUUUCAAUUUUCUUUGUUUCUUUCUUGUUUCCGUUUAUUCAUUUCUACUCUUUGCCUUUUUCUUUCUUUCUUUAUGCCUUUCUUCUCUCUCUCUCUCUCUCUCUUUCUUUCUUUAUGCUUUAUUUCCGUUUGUUACUUUCUAAAUUUUCCAUUUUCUUUCUUUCUAUCUUUUUCUUUCUUUUGCUUUUUUCUUUCUUGCUGUCUUUCUUUCUUCCUUUCUUUCUUUUUUAUUUCCUGAUUCCGUUCUUCCUUUAUAAUGUUUGCAUUUCUUUCUCUUUUCUCAUGUGUUUCUUUCAUUACUGUUUCUGUUUCUUCCAUUCAACUGUUUCUAUUUUCCUUCUUUCUUUCUUUCUUUCUUGUUCUCGUUUCUCUUGUCUACUCUUUCUUUCUUUCUUUCUUUCUUUCUUUCUUUCUUUCUACCGUUUCUUUCUUUCUUGUUUCCGUUUCUUCCUUUCUACUGUUUCGUUCUUUCUUUCUUGUUUCCGUUUCUUUCUUUCUUUCUUUCUUUCUUUCCGUUUCUUCCUUUGUACUGUUUGUUUCUUUGUUGUCUACUCUUUCUUUCAUUCUUUCUUUCUUUCUACUGUUUCUUUCUUUCUACCGUUUCUUUCUUUCUUGUUUCCGUUUCUUUCUUUCUUUCUUUCUUUCUUUCUUCUUUCUUUCUUUCCGUUUCUUCCUUUGUACUGUUUGUUUCUUUGUUGUCUACUCUUUCUUUCAUUCUUUCUUUCUUUCUACUGUUUCUUUCUUUCUACCGUUUCUUUCUUUCUUGUUUCCGUUUCUUUCUUUCUUUCUUUCUUUCUUUCUUUCUUUCUUUCUUUCUUUCCGUUUCUUCCUUUGUAG